AUGGAAUCCACGGAGAGCAUCCACGGGGACUGUGUGACGAGGACCCAGAUCUUUACCCCGAUUGUCAUCCUUGUCGUCCUUUCUCUCUACAACGUCCUCGAGCUCAACGUCAUCAUCUUCACAACUUUCAAAAGCCGCAAAAGUCUCUACUUCUGGAGCUUUCUCGCGGCAACGAAUGGAAUUGCCCCCCAUUCGAUCGGUUUUCUGCUCAAGCAGAUAGUAUCGCCCAACUACUUCGUUGUCUUCACAUCCCUCGUCGCGGUAGGAUGGGUCAUGAUGGUGACGGGACAGUCCCUCGUUCUUUACUCCCGCCUACACCUAAUACUGCGAAACCCUUUCCAUCUGAGGCUGGUACUGGGUAUGAUUGUCAUCAACGCUGUCGUCUUACACAUUCCGAUCAUCAUCCUCAUGUUUGGUGCCAACAGCUCUAUGGCAGGCAUAUUCGAAUUCCCUUAUAGCGUUUACGAAAAGAUUCAGGUCACCGUCUUCUCACUACAGGAAAUCUUUAUAUCGUUGGUCUACCUGAAGGCCUGCGCGUCCUUCUUCGAGGUCCAAGGUGCUCUCCAUGGAAGCAGCGUCCGAGAGGUUCGCAACCAUCUGUGGAUGGUCAACGUGGUCGCCAUUCUCCUGGACAUUCCCAUACUCGUCCUUGAAUACGCCAACUUAUACCUCUACCAGACUGCAUACAAGGCGCUUGUGUACAGCAUCAAGCUGAAACUGGAGUUUAGAAUCCUCAAUCAACUGAUUGAGGUAACCAAGAGCCGCGACCACAACUCCGGCUCGAACCGGGCCGCCGGAAUGAACGGCCCGACUGCCAUACACAUGGGAACCAUCAAGGGCGUCAACGACAAUCACGGCACACACUCGAGAAUGGAGGCGUACGCAUACGGCAGUGAAGCAGGCCAAGGCGCCGCGCAUUCGGGUCCAGGCAAUGGCGUUAUGAUGACCACCGAAAUCGUGGUACAGCGACAGAAAAGACUGGAGGAUGAUAGUGAUAGCGCGGAGCACAGGUCAAUUGCGGGAGGGGAGGCCCGGAGUGGGACCCGAGGAGCCGUUGACGCGUCGUCGAAGACGUCGUCAGAGAUGAACCUGACUAGAAGGGAAUACUGA